AUGUCGACCGAGUAUGACGAGAAGACUAAGGCCACCGAGUCGGCUGCGGAGACCCAGCAGGGCGAACUGAUUAACGCAUCAGGUCAUCGUCAAGAGCUCGAGCGGAACUUCAGCCUGCUCAGUAUCUGUGCUGUGGCCGUGACAACCGGCAACACCUGGAUUGCGCAAGGUGGGAGUGUAGUGACGGCCUUGAGUAACGGUGGUCUGGCCGGAACCAUUUAUGAAUUUAUCGCCGUGUCCAUCUGCUACUGGCUCGUGGCAGCUUCCAUUGCCGAGCUGGCAUCGGGUAUGCCCUCGGCCAGUGGGGUCUACCAUUGGGCUUCUAUCACUGCCGGCCGGUAUGGCCGUGUCUGUGGAUUCUUCGCGGGCUGGUGGAACUGCCUGGCCUGGAUUUUGGGUGCGGCUUCCAUGUCGUUGAUCAUGGCUCAACAGACCGUGUCCAUGUACGCCGUGAUGCAUCCAGACUUCACGCCCCAGACCUGGAAUGUUUUCGUCAGCUUCAUCAUCUGCACUUGGGUCUGCUGCUGCAUCGUGCUGUUCAUGAACCGCUUUCUGCCUUUCAUCGGGAACAUCGGCAUGUUUUUCAUCCUGUCCGGUGUCUUCAUCACUAUCAUUGUGUGUGCCGUGAUGCCCUCUGUCAACGGUGUCGGUUACGGCUCCAACUAUGAUGUCUGGGAAAAAUGGACCAACGCAACCAACUACAAACAGCAGGGCUUUGUAUUUGUUAUGGGCAUGCUCAACGGUGCAUACAGUGUUGGCACCCCGGACUGCUCAUCCCACUUGGCUGAGGAGAUUCCCAAGCCGAGCCGCAACAUUCCAAAGGCAGUGCUCGCUCAGAUGGCUGUUGGCUUCAUCACCGGUAUUGCCUACAUGGUCGCUAUCUUUUACUCCAUCCAGGAUCUUGAUGCCGUGACCAACAGCGCCUACAACUUCCCCCUUGCCGAGAUCUACCACCAGGCAACCGGCACCCGCGGCGGCGCCCUCGGCCUUCUCAUCCUCGCCUUCCUUCCCACUCUAGUGACAGCCUCGGGCUGCUAUAUCACCGCCGGACGCACGCUGUGGACCAUUUCUCGUGAUCGCGCAACUCCGUUCCCCAAAUGGCUCGGCCACAUCAACACCACGUUCCACAACCCUUUCAACGCCACACUCGUCUGCGGUGUGCUGGUCACCAUUCUGGCUUGUAUUUACCUUGGCUCCACGACUGCCUUCAGCGCAUUCGUUGGCUGCUUUGUUCAGCUGUCCAGUCUAUCCUAUUUCAUGGCUAUCUUCCCCCACAUUUUGACCCGUCGUUCCUCCUUCGUCCCGGGUUGCUUCUUCAUGAACAACACCAUCGGCUAUAUCGUCAACUCUCUGUCCUGUGUCUAUAUCAUCGCCUUCGUCAUCAUCUUCUGCUUCCCGUACGCCUUGCCCGCCGAGGCCGCGUCGAUGAACUACGCCAGUCUGAUGACCGGCGGCUUGACCAUCUUCGUCACUAUCUGGUGGUUUGUUCGCCAGGGUUCAUAUGAGGGCCCGAAGAACAUUCCGCUUAACGACAAGGACCUUGCUGAGGAUGCUCAGAAGCCAUUUUCAGAAAAAGAGGCCACCGAAAGCAAUGAUCAUCCAGCUAAGAAGCCUCGUCUGCUAAAGGAUGAGAUAGGGCCCGAGGACCAAACACGACCCACCCCUCUUCCCGGCAGUCGAAAGCCACUGCUCCAAGUCAGGAACAUUGGGAAGGACUCCGCAGCCAAAGCGGCUGGGGGAGUUGUAUCUAAGGAGGAAGCGAGUUUCGAACGCUUCUUCAAUGUGCUUUGGAGAAAGCCAACGACCAAGAAAAAUAAAACAUGGGAUGGAGAUGGUAUUCUGGCCUACCGAAGUGGGUUCGUCCACCUACGUGAUGUCGGAGGUAAAGAAAUGGGGCGGACGAUGCAUGAAUCUGAACUGGAACCCGGCAAAAUGCUUUAUGUUGCUGGAAAGGAAGUUGAGAUCGACUCGGAAAUUCCACGCAAAGAGUACUUUGCUGGAAAGCAAAUUUUGAGCAACAAAAAGCCAACCCCGACCCCGUCUUCCUUACCGAAGAAAGGUCCUCUUCCUGUUUUGAACAAGACUAAUGCGCGCGCCUUGUCCUUACCAACGGGACUCGAACGCACAAAAUCUUUGAAAAGAGACGCUUCAUCUUUAGAAGACAGCUACUCUACAAAAUCAGCCACUCCCCUUGGUGCAUACAAGGCUCCUUUACUCAAUAAUACAGUCAUUGCAUCGGUGGACCCGGAGAGUAUAGUUCCACGUCAUGAUCCCAAAGCUCCUGGGGCAUUGGUGAUGCCACGUCCGGCCUCAGUGCCGCAAGGGAAGUAUGUUGUCGACGUUGUGGUGGAUCCUGUGUUGUCCAAGAGCCUUCGACAACAUCAACGGGAAGGUGUCCAGUUUCUUUAUGAGUGUGUCAUGGGCAUGCGGCCAUUCAACGGCGAAGGAGCAAUUCUAGCUGACGAUAUGGGUCUGGGCAAGACAUUGCAAACAAUCGCUUUGUUAUGGACUCUAUUGAAACAAAAUCCAAUACAUGGCGAACCACCGGUGAUCAAAAAAGCACUCAUUGUAUGCCCUGUCACGCUUAUCAAUAAUUGGCGAAAAGAGUUUCGCAAGUGGCUGGGAAACGAAAGAAUCGGUGUCUUCGUCUUCGAUGACAAAAGAAAACGUCUCACCGAUUUUACCCGAGGAAGAGCUUAUAACAUCAUGAUCGUGGGCUAUGAGAAGCUGAGAACUGUUCAAGAGGGGCUGGCAAAGGGUGCUGGUGUCGACAUCAUCAUUGCAGAUGAAGGACAUCGACUCAAAACUCUACAAAAUAAAAGUGGCCAGGCGAUCCAAUCCCUCAAUGCUUCGAAAAGAGUCAUCCUCUCGGGUACCCCAAUUCAGAAUGACCUAAGAGAGUUCUUUGCAGCUGUAGAUCUUGUGAACCCGGGGGUCCUUGGGUCGUACAAGGCUUUCAUUCGCGAGUUUGAAACCCCAAUUGUGCGAAGCAGACAACCAGAGGCCACACAAAAAGACAUUGAGAAGGGCGAAUCAAGAAACGAAGAAUUAAGGGAACUCACCUCCAAAUUUAUCCUUCGCAGAACAGCCGAUAUUUUAGCAAAAUAUCUCCCACCCAAGUCGGAAUACGUGCUUUUCUGCAAUCCAACAAAAACCCAGGCCAGUAUCUAUCAGGCUGUCCUCGCAUCUCCGAUUUUCCAGACUGCCUUGGGCAAUGCAGAAAGUGCUCUCCAGCUCAUCACCAUUCUCAAGAAGCUUUGCAAUAGUCCAUCCUUGCUCUCUGCGAAAAACAAUGAUAAAUCACCCAAUGAAACGAUCGCCGCCCUUCUAUCAUCCCUACCACCUAAUCUGCUCCGCCAUUUCUCUCCAUCUUCCAGUGCCAAGGUUCGUGUCCUUGACCAGAUCCUGGAUAGCAUGCGAACAAAUACUUCCGAGAAGAUUGUCCUUGUCUCAAACUACACCUCGACAUUAAAUCUACUCGCCACUCUUCUUACUUCAUUGGGUCUCCCCUUUCUUCGUCUGGAUGGAAGCACACCAGCUCAGAAGCGCCAGCCCCUUGUUGAUGACUUUAACCGCCUUCCCGCAGAGUCCUGCUUUGCAUUCUUGCUGUCAGCCAAGGCCGGUGGAACAGGUCUCAAUCUCAUCGGUGCCAGCCGGCUUAUACUCUUCGACGUAGAUUGGAAUCCGGCAACAGAUAUCCAAGCUAUGGCACGCAUUCACCGAGAUGGCCAGAAGCAUCACUGUCGCAUCUACCGUGUCAUUCUCAAGGGCAGCCUGGAAGAGAAGAUUUGGCAGCGUCAGGUGACGAAAAUUGGAUUGGCUGACUCUGUCAUGGAACACAAGGACAGUGUGGCUCAAUUCUCCACUGCUGAGCUUCGUGACCUAUUCCGCCUGGAUGAAGAGAGCAAAUGCCAGACUCACGAGUUGCUAGGCUGUGAAUGUGGCGGAAGAGGAUUUUCAUCCGCAUCUUCGUCCGGUACAACGACCCCCAAGGGGCAUAAAGGAGGUGACAGUGAAUCCGAGCUCUCUGAGCUUAGCGAUAUCCCAUCUGAUGACGAUGAGGAUGAAGAAUUUCCCGAUCUUCCAACCCUGAUGAAAGCCUCCGAAGUCGACAUGGAAAAGCAGGAGCGCGCAAUCCGUGACAGAUCUCGCCGUGGGCGACCAAAUUACAAGAACGACAAAGCAAGGGCAAAGAAACAGAAAGAUAACAUGCAUCAGUCUCUGGCACAGUACUGUCACAUUGACCCGUCUUUGCUAGUCCAUAAUGCCGAUCAAGAUGAUGAGAUGGCCGCUGCUGUCGACGAUGAUGUGCUCAUGACAUUGAUGAAAGAUGAGUGUAAUAGGAUUGGCUACAUCUUUAAAAAGACGAGUCGAGCGGAAAUAGAGGAGAAUCAGGCUACUGUGCUUGAAUCCUGA